AAAUUCAACAUGCAUUUUGAAAGCUUUGUUUGGCGCGCAAUCUAUCGAAAUCAAAAUCAAGCAGAACUAUAUGAAUCGCGCUGUUAUCGAUAUUUGGCCCAUACUCUCACACAUUGCCAACGCGCAUCACUAAUGCAUUUGUGUAUGCAAUAGAGACGUUCGUAGGCUAAGUAAAAAGUGUAUUUACAAUUGUUCAAUUCGUGAAUUAUCGAAAUGGAGAACUUGAUUUUGCGGCGAGGGACGAGUGCUAGCAGUAAUUUCAAUAAUAUGACCGAUGAGCAGCUACAGGAAUGGCAUACAGCGGUGCUAAGCGAGGCUCAGCGUGAGAAUUAUGUGAAUCACAAUCUGGAAAUUGUGCGACAUUAUCGCACCGAGGCGAUCUCUCGAGCGCCCGCCUUCGACAUCGAGCGCAAUGCCAUAGACGCUGCCAUUGCUCGCCACGGCCUGUAUGCGUCCAAUGCCAGCGCCAGCGAGAGCAGCGCCUGCCCAGAGCCAGUGGCUGGAACACAAGAGGAAGUGCAGCCGCCACCCCUGCGCCGUCCACGCAUGGAGCAACCAGAGCAGCAGCAGCAACAGCAGAAGUUGGAGCAGCAGCAGAAGUCAGAGCAGCAGCAGGCUAGCCAUAGCAGCUCAGCUUCAGCUCCAGCUGGCAGCUAUGGCCAUUAUGUGGCUCUGGCUCACAUAUUCUCCGAUACAUUUGCUGGAGGCGGCAACGGGGUAACAGGCGCAGCCAAUGGCACUGCCAAUGGCAACACCAACACCAACAACAACAACAACAAUGAGCCCGAGGUUGCCGAAAUAAAUGAUUUGGCGAUAGCCAAGACCAUUGAUAGCCUGGGCCUGCGCCGCACCUAAUGAGGCGAAAGUACACUUAAUUAUAUAUUUAA